AUGGCUAAUACAAAAGCAACUAGUAGUGCUCUUCGCGCUCUCGCUGUUGAAUACAAAAGUCUUCAAGAAGAACCUGUGGAAGGAUUUUGUGUAAAACUCGUGAAUGAGGACAAUCUGUUCGAAUGGGAAGUUGCUAUUUUUGGACCUCCUGAUACCCUCUACAUGGGAGGAUGUUUCAAAGCACGAGUGAAGUUCCCUCUUGAUUAUCCAUAUUCUCCACCGUCUAUUCGAUUUUUGACUAAAGUUUGGCAUCCAAAUGUUUAUGAGAACGGAGACCUCUGUAUUAGCAUCUUGCACCCACCAGUUGAUGAUCCGCAAUCGGGAGAAUUGCCCUGCGAACGCUGGAACCCCACACAGAAUGUGCGCACUAUCCUGCUCUCGGUGAUUUCCCUCUUGAACGAACCCAACACCUUCAGCCCUGCUAACGUCGAUGCUUCUGUCAUGUACCGGCGUUGGAGAGACUCCAAAGGCAGAGACAAGGAAUAUGAGAAUAUCAUAAGAAAACAAGCUAUGGCAGCUCGAGUGGAAGCAGAACGGGAUGGUAUGAAAGUGCCGCUCACUCUAGAAGACUAUUGCAUCAAAACGAGGGUCAAACCUAAUACCUCCGAACCCCAAGUCGAGAUGACAGACUUCUAUGAUGAUGAUUAUGAUGAGGAGUAUGAUGAUUUAUCUGACGGAUCGGAAUAUGCUGAAGAGGAUGACAAUGACAGUGGUAACGGGGAAUUGUGA